CUUUACCCCAUUUCUUUUCUAUCAAUUCUAAUUUUCAUAUAUUUUCUCCUCUUGUUAUAUUUUUUUUCUUAACUAUUUCUAUCGAUUCUAUCAUCCCCCUUUUAUAAUAUUUUUCAUCUUUUAUCUUAUCUUAUUAUAUCCCCUCUAGUGCAAAUGUUAUUAUUAGUUUUUUCCUAUUUUCCAUCCCUAUUUAUGUCUCGUUUUUCCGGUUAAUCUUCAGAAGAUAGUCAUUUUGGUACGAUGUACUACUACUACUACUCGAUGUGAGAGAGGAAAGAUAUCAUCGUGGCGUUAAUAAACGCUCGUGACGCACGUUUAAUCGUGACGCGUUUCUUCGUCGUUCGUUCUCUUCUUAAUAUUCUUGUUCUUCAUCGAUAUUGCUGAUAACAGUCGUCCGUGACCCUGAAGUCCAGUGACAAGAGUGUAUGUCGUCUGACCUUGGCACGACCACGUUCUCCACGUUCGCCACGAGCGAAUGCAUCGCUUGUUCUCUCGUAGUUGGUACAAUGUCGGCGCUGUUACCUCUUAUUACAGCUGAUCAUCGAUCAUUUCGAAUACUUGGAUUUCGUUUCGUUAUUUAGACAAGAAGACGUGGAAGAGAGUGUUACCACAAAGUGUUUAAUUCGUUUCCCAGCAAGAGGAAAAGGAGGUGUGUCAGCCUACACAUAUCAAGGACGAGAAUUGAAAGUGGGAUUUUAGAUUGGACGUGUCUGAAAGGUAGUGGUGCAACCGGAAAGAUGAACACUCAGCUUGGAUCGUUCCAUCAUCAUCGGAGAAUCAUCGAAAGGAACGUUGAAAGGAACUUUUUCACAGAGUGUUCGAUUGAUCUAAUCGAUUUUGAUUAACACGAUGGAAGAAGGAACUUUCCUUAGCUUGUAUCUUCGGUGAGAUUUUCUUCCAGCUAUCGAGAUAUAUUUGAGAUCAUGAAGAGAAGAAGAUAUCACUCGAGAUAUUUGGAAUCUAACUUUUAACGAGUAGUCCUUAGAGAAGGAAAUAUGGAGGAAGCAUCUCCGAGGAUUCGUCCUUAUUUGGACUGGGAAAACGAAGACAAGUACUCUGUGGCAAAUAGCCAAGCUCCGUUGCAAGGUAGUGAGGAUGAUCAUCCGGAGCGUGGUACGUGGACAGGGAAAUUUGAUUUCCUUUUAUCACUUUUGGGAUAUAGUGUCGGUCUUGGCAACGUUUGGCGAUUUCCCUAUCUUUGUUAUUCUAAUGGUGGUGGAGCCUUCUUAAUACCAUUCACGGUGAUGCUAAUCAUCGCUGGAUUGCCACUCAUGUUUAUGGAACUUUCCUUGGGUCAGUUCGCUAGUCUUGGUCCAGUAGCGGCUUAUAAAAGAUUCUGCCCUCUUCUUCGUGGUUUGGGCUAUGGAAUGGUACUCGUUAGCUCCGUCGUAAUGCUCUAUUACAAUUUGAUCAUUGCCUGGACUCUCUAUUAUAUUUUUGCCUCGGUCGUUGGUGCUGGUGAAUUACCUUGGGCGAAAUGUGACGAUUCUUGGAGUACCGUGGAUUGUUACAUGCCUGAUGCAGCAAAGGCCUGCAGUAUUGAGGAUGCUUAUUAUUACAAAAGAAAGUGUUUGAAUUCUACGCAAAUGGCCUCGAUGGGAUUGACCAUCGAGAAUAUUACUAAUGCUAUUAGAAGACCACCAGCUGAGGAAUAUUUUAAUAAUCACGUUUUGGGAUUAAGCAGUGGUAUCGAAGAAACUGGCAUGAUUCGACCAUCCAUAGCUGCCAGUCUCUUUUUAGCAUGGGUUAUCGUAUUCUUGUGUUUGAGUAAAGGUGUUCAAAGCUCCGGCAAAGUUGUUUACUUUACUGCUCUCUUUCCUUAUGUCGUUUUAAUCGCUCUCUUUUGUCGAGGCAUUUUACUUCCCGGUGCUAAUGAGGGUAUACUAUUUUAUCUGACCCCUGAUUGGAAAAGAUUGAUGUCGGCUAAAGUUUGGGGUGACGCAGCUGUUCAAAUAUUUUUUGCCUUGAGUCCAGCAUGGGGUGGAUUGAUUACUUUGAGUUCUUACAACAAAUUUACCAACAACUGUUAUAAGGAUUCCUUGAUAGUAGCCGUUAGCAACAUUGGAACUUCCUUUUUCGCUGGUCUAGUCAUUUUCUCUGUUAUUGGAUUCCUUGCUCACGAACUUUCAGUACCGGUUGCAUCUGUUGUCGAUCAAGGAGCUGGUUUAGCUUUUAUAGUUUAUCCUGAAGUUGUAGCUCGUUUACCUGUUGCCCCACUUUGGUCAUUGCUAUUCUUCGUAAUGUUAUUGACCCUGGGAUUGGAUUCGCAAUUCGCAUUAAUGGAGACUGUUACCACCGCCAUUCUUGAUGGCAUACCAGCCUUAAGGAAUUACAAAUUUUGGGUGGUCCUAUCAGCUGCUGUACUCGGUUAUGCCGGUGGUAUUAUUUUCACAACUAAUGCUGGCAUGUAUUGGUUACAAUUGAUGGAUAAAUAUGCAGCGAAUUGGUCUGUCCUAUUAAUUGCCAUAAGUGAAUGUAUACUAGUUGCAUGGAUUUACGGAGCUGAUAGAUUUCUCGACGAUGUUCAAAAAAUGAUCGGACCACGUGGUCGUCUUUGGAGAUUCUUUUGGACGUGGAUGUGGAAAGUUGUUACUCCUGCAGCUUUGUUCUUUAUUCUGUUCUUCAAUUGGGUUGAAUAUGAACCUUUAAAAUAUGGGGCUUACGUGUAUCCUAAAUGGGCUGAUGCAGUUGGUUGGGUCGUUGGUAUGCUGCCUGUUAUGGUCAUCCUUGGUAUGGCUGUUAGUCAAUUGAAAAGUCCUCGUCGACGACCAAAAUACGACGACGAUGAUGACGAGGAUGAUGAUCUCGAUGCAAGAACAACCAUUCAAAGAGGUGGAAAGAUUAAACAAAGUAAAAGUAAGAACAGGAGUGUUUGGUGUAGAGCUAAGAUGCUGCUUCAACCAACUUCUGAUUGGGGUCCUUCUGCACGUAAUAUUACAUUAACACCUUCGAGGACACUCACUCAUACACCGUCACCAGGCCCACCAGGUGGUUACGAUUCAGUACGAGACACAAUAGUAUUGGUAAACGGUCAACCAAUGAUGGUUCAGCCAACAUCCGGUGGUACAAGUACCACACAGAAGCUUCCUGGGCCUUCGAUUCUCAAGAAUUCAAGCAAAACUGAUCUAAUUACUUCCCAACAGGUCUGACACGACGUUCACUUUAUCUUCGAAGAUCAAUCUGCCCGGGUGUCUAUUGCCAGUAACACUACUAGCCAAUAAUUAAAAUAAUAUAUUUAAAAAUUGUGGUUUUGUGUGCGCGCGCGCUUAUACGAAGCUCUAAGGAAACAAAGAAAAAGUAAGGAAAAAAAAGAAAACAAAAAAAAAAUUAAAAUAAAAUAAAAAAAUAAAAAG